AAGUUCGGUAAAAUUAUAGCACUGGUGUCAUCUUCAUAAUUUUUGAAAAGUAAAAUCUAGUAGAAAUGUAAAACUCAUGGUUAGCACAACAAAGGCCGACCAUAACAUGGAUUCAGACCUAAUACUGUGCAUGUUUAAGUAAUUUAGACUAUUCAAAAAUACUAAACAACAAAGAUAUUUACAUGCUCAAGCCACGCUUUUGCUAAUUGACCUUCUAAAAAGAAAAUUAAUAUAUAGUUAAAGUUAAUAAUCGCGCAUGUAAACUCUUUAUCACCCUAACAUACUAAAAUACAAUUUGCACGUGACAAUAAUCGGCUAAAAGUAAAACCCAAACUUUAUUAUUAUGCCUAGCAAAAUGUAACUCGUUUUGUCCCUAAGAUAUUCUUAGCAGUGGAAGCCACUCCACUAUAUGAAACUUUACUUUUGUAAACGAUUGAUCUAAGUAAAUCGUUUUCCCCUUAAAAACCACCACUUAAUCAAUUAAUAAACAAUCAAACAAUUUUCAAAGAUAUCUAGAGAAGGCUGAAGUAAAUGAACAUGUAUCUCAGAGUUAAGAAGCUUAUCUGCUCACCUAUUCCUUUCCCACCACAAGAUUCAUGUUCCAGUAACCUAAACAAGUAGCAUACAAUAUUAAACGAUGUGUAGCUUUUAGAAGAAAUAUGUAAAAGGUCCUUCGCUAUAAGAAGUAGCAUUCCAUUAAAAAAAAUUAGCAUUUCACUAAAAGGAUUCAAAUGAGAGCAAAAAAAAAAAAAAAGAUACCCCUCGGAAGUCGAACCAAGUCUUCUGAAAAAAAUAUCAUUGCUGUAUAAGAAGUUAAGAACUAAGAAGCCACUAAUCAGUGCUUCCUAAUCAUGUGUGGCUUUUCCUCAUCUCUGUCGUUUCUCCCUUCUCCUUACAUUGCAUUCCUUCAAAGCUUGAACGUCGUUGGAACGAAUCACAAACAACAAAAGGUUACCAACACUAUCCGGAGCCUUAGGCCCAUAAAAGAAGCUUUGAUACAAAUAAGUGGUCAACAUGUAGUUAAGUCAAAGCUUAUAAUGUUACAACAGUAUUUGUGUCUUUCUCUAAUGACUUCAGGUCCACUAACCUUUGUCGGGUUGUCCGGAAACGGACUGUGUCCCAUGGCGUUAACCCAGCAACGUGGGAGCUGUCACAUCCACAUAAACAAUGGUUUCCUUCUGAAUGUAUCGGAAAAUGGUAGUAAAUUUUUUCACUUUCAUAUUGACUUUAAUUAGAAAGUUGAGAUUGGACAAUACAUUAGUCUGUUACUCUAAAUUUAGGUUUUAAAAUAUUGAUCAAAUUAUUGAGAAUAUUCUCUGGGAAUUUUCUAUUUAGAAAAUAAUUUUUUUUUAUUUCAUCUAAAAUUAAGAAAGAAGAGGCGGAUUUUCAGUUAUAACAAAAGAGAAGAUGAGGUGUAAUAAAAGAGAACCAAUGAUCAUGUCUUCCGUUACUUCCUCUCUUCUCUUUCCUUAAUCUCAUUUUCUGUCUCCAAUUCCAUGGAAGGCGUUCGAGACUCCUCAGAAACUCUAGCUUCCACGACAACGUCUUCUCCGUCUCCCUCCGACGAUGUAAACGUUGAGAAUCGUGGAAAACAAUCAACUCCUCUCUCAACAAGAAGAUCUCGAGCUGGCUUCUCUGAUUCUUUCUCUUCUCAUGAUGAAGAACAAAUAGCAACCUUCUGCGCUAACAAAUCAGAAUCAGACGAUGAUUUACUAAGCAACAUAGAAUCUGAAACACUAUCAUCUUCCGUGUUGAGCACGUCAGACACAUCAUCAUCAGAAGCUAAUCAUCAUCCCCACCAUCGCCGUCAUCAUCAUUCGCAUGUAGGUCCUACCAACGGACACUGGAGAGGUUUCCACCGUUUACUCAAGAAAGGAUCAUCAGCGAUGCCAUUCAAUACAUUCUCACAUCUCAAAGGAGUCCCUAAACUAACCAGACGCAAGAGCAAACGCAUAAAAGACAACAUGGUCCCUGUUCUACCUGCUGCUGCUCUUGACACUGAUGACUUGUUCCUUUUCAAACCUUCCUGGAAAAAUUAUUCCCUCCAAGAUAUUCAAACCGCUACAAAUGGCUAUAGCCCUGAGAAUCUGAUCGGAGAAGGAGGAUAUGCGGAGGUAUACAAAGGAGAGAUGGCAGAUGGGCAAAUAGUAGCCGUAAAGAAACUGACUAGAGGUUCUGCUGAAGAGAUGACGAUGGAUUAUUUGUCAGAACUAGGGAUCAUAGUUCAUGUAGAUCAUCCAAACAUUGCUAAGCUUAUUGGAUAUUGUGUUGAAGGAGGGAUGCAUCUUGUUCUUGAGCUAUCUCCUAAUGGAAGCCUCGCUUCUUUGCUAUACGAGGCAAAAGAUAAACUGAGUUGGAGCAUAAGAUACAAAGUGGCGAUGGGAACAGCUGAGGGACUGUACUAUCUCCAUGAAGGUUGUCAAAGAAGGAUCAUUCAUAAAGACAUCAAAGCUUCUAACAUCCUUCUCACUGAGAACUUUGAGGCUCAGAUAUCUGAUUUUGGGCUAGCGAAAUGGCUACCAGACCAAUGGACUCACCAUACUGUAUCCAAAGUGGAAGGAACAUUCGGUUACCUUCCGCCAGAGUUCUUCAUGCACGGAAUUGUAGACGAGAAAACAGAUGUAUAUGCUUUCGGUGUACUGCUUCUUGAGCUCAUUACUGGUAAACAAGCCAUCGACAGCUCACAACAUAGCGUUGUCAUGUGGGCCAAGCCAAUGAUCAAAGAGAACAAGAUCAAAGAACUUGUUGAUCCGAUUUUGGGAGAUGACUAUGACCUAGAAGAGUUGGACCGUCUUGUCUCCAUAGCGUCCUUGUGUAUACAUCAAACCUCCAUGAACCGGCCUCACAUGAGCCAGGUUGUGGAGAUUCUGAAGGGAGACAAGUGCAGCUUAGAUAAGCUAAAAGAAGGAGAAAACUCAAAACUGCAGAGGACAUACUCAGAAGAACUAUUGGAUAACGAAGAAUACAACUCAACAAAAUAUUUGAACGACAUUAAUCGACACAUGGAGACUGUUCUCGGAACAUCUAACGACUCUUGAAACAUCUUACUUGUUAAGUUACAAAGAGAAUGAUUUCACUUAUUGCAUAUGGUAUUUGAUGAUGUUGUGUUCUUCCUUAUUUGACUAAUUGUUUGUUAAAUGUUAUUCUAUUUGUUCUAUAUGUUUAUUACUAAAAUAUAUAAUCUCAAA